AUGCCAAAUUGCAUCAGGUUCAAUCCGGCUUCCUUCUUGACUGUGCGCGUCGGUCCUGAAGGUUCUCAGGAAGACUUCUUACUCCACGAAGGCAUCCUAGCCGGACGCUCCGAGUUCUUCCGCCGCGCGAUGAAUGGCAACUGGUCUGAGAAGAAGGAUCGACUUGUCAAACUACCUGAGGACGACCCCAAGAUCUUCGCUCUCUACGUUAAUCUCAUCUAUAUGGGUGCGAUGUACACCCAAACAGAAUAUCAAAAGACGACACCUGUCGAAUUCCAAGCACAUACUCUGGCAAAUGUCAAGUUCUACAUCCUCGCUCAGAAGCUGCAAGAUACGCAAGCCAAGAAUUCCGCUUUGGAGACCGUUCGUACCGAGAUCAGCGCCAUGUCGUUUGCCGCCGACAGACUACCCAACGCCGAGAUCGUCGAGUUGAUGUAUAGGAACACAUUGAAAGGUAGUCUUGGACGGCGCCUCAUGGUCGACAUCUGGACCUGCAUCAGCACGAAGAGUAUUCUCGAGACUAGUGAACACCUUUGCAGGGACUUCCUCGUCGAUCUCGCCUACUCACUCCAUGGUGAGCGUCCAAUGCAAAAUAGAAAUUUAGCAUGUAGAAAGGGCUAUACUGCAUAUCAAGAGAAGCUUUGA